AUGUUUCUUUUACUAUCUCUCUCUCUCUUUCUCUCCAGAUGCCUGUUUCUGUCAAUUUACCUUUCUCUCUUUUUGAACGUAUUUCUUUUAUCCUUUUUCUCCCUUUCUAUCUUUUUUUUUUCUCAAAUUUUUCUUCAUUCUUUCUGCAUGUUCUCUUUCUCCUCUGUCUCUCACUCUCUUUCUUUCUCCUUCACCCACUUUCUUUCCCUCUCUCUCACUCCCUCUCUCUCACUUUUUCUCUUACUCUCACUCUUUCUCACUGUCUGUUUCUAUUACCUUCUCCCUUUUCAAAUACUUCUAUUCUCUCUCACCAUAUGUCUCUCUCUCUCUCACACUCUCUUACUCUCACUAUACAAACCACUGCCUGUCACCUUCUCUAUCACUCUUUUCCCCUCUCUUUGUUCAAAUCUCUGCCUGUUACUCUUUCUCAUGCAAAUGCUCAUCUGUCUCUUUCUAUCUGAAUACUCAUUUCCAUUUGUUUUUGCACCUCUCCUCACCAUUCUGUUUUUUCUCAUUUUCUUUCUUUUUCAUUUCAAUCUGCUCUCUUCUUUUUCUCCUUUAUUCUCUUCCUACUUUUUUCUCCAUUCGCCUUUUAUAACUUACCUCCUCUUCAGUCUUUGUCCUGGCCUUUUGCUUCUUCCAUCUUUUUCCUGGCCUUUUUCUUCCUCCAUCUUUGUCCUGGCCUUUUUCUUCUUCCAUCUUUGUCCUGGCCUUUUUUCUUCUUCCAUCUUUUGUCCUGGCCUUUUCUUCUUCCAUCUUUGUCCUGGCCUUUUUCUUCCUCCAUCUUUGUCCUGGCCUUUUUCUUCUUCCAUCUUUGUCCUGGCCUUUUUCUUCUUCCAUCUUUGUCCUGGCCUUUUUCUUCUUCCAUCUUUGUCCUGGCCUUUUUCUUCUUCCAUCUUUGUCCUGGCCUUCCUCUUCCUCCACCUUUGUCUUUGCCUUCCUCUUCCUCCACCUUUGUCUUUGCCUUCCUUUUCCCUGCCUUCAUUUUCUUCUGCCUUUGUCCUCGUCUUAUAUUCUUUUAGCUUUGUCCUGACCUUGCUUUUCUCUCAUCACUGCCUUCACCUUUCUUUUCCUUAA